GGGAGAUUUGAUUGUGUAAGGCUCCACGUUUUUUUUUCGGUUUGUGUGUGGGCUCUCUGCAGGAUAAAUUCUGCACCUUUCAGGAAGCUAAUCGGUCCAUAUUAGAAUAUGAAGGUGAAGAAGUCCCGCAGUCUGCAUCCUGAGGAGUGCGGCGUUUGGCUGGACACUGCCGAACUCAAGAGGAGACCUCAACAGAAGAUGCUCCCUUAUACCUCAAAGCGUUUUAAUCCAAUCUCAAGAAGGAAAAGCACUGAUUCAUUUCUUUUUGACUUCACCCAAACAAGAACACUUCUGACUUGCACCAAGCAGACCUCUAUGUAUUCUUUCUUCAUGCCACCUGGCAAAAAGAAAAUGAAGCCUCAAAUAGAUCAUUAUGAGCAAAGCACAAAUAAUAAAGAACCACCUGUUUUAGAUUUCGCUCUGGGGGAAAAUUUGAUGCUUUGCAACAAUUCUGAAUCAUCUCAAUAUAUGAAGAGCCUACAUAAUGAAGAUGAGUGCACAUUUUCUGAAAACUGUGAUGGCGAGGACAUUGGAAAUCAAUCACAAAGUGAACAGGUUAAAAUAAGUUGUGCCCGAAAAAAAGGCAGUCCCUCCCAAAUAAAUUUAUGUGACACACCUUUAUUUUUCAGUGCACAUAAGGAUUUACAAAACAUGCACUUACUGCAAGGUGGUUUACAGUCUUGUGCAGCAAACAAAAAAGACUAUUGUCUUGUGGCUGAAUUUCCGGUUUCCUUUCAGUGUUUGGAUCAUGAUUCAAGCAAAGAAAUUGAUGACUCUUCCCACUCUUUACAGGCCAGUCAUCUCUUUACUGAGGACAGUCAGGGGUACAGAGUGAUAAACCACAAUCCUGUAAAAGCCAAGCAAAAGAAAUGUCACUCAGUUCUCCCACUUCAGGACAAGACAAACUUUACAGGUCCAGCUAGAGUCUUCCAAUCACUCGGUGAAAAGGACUCCAAGCAAAUAAUGUUUACACAGGACUCAGAGGGAAAUUUGGUCAUGAAACACAAUUUUUUCUAAUAUGGACUUUUCCCAUUUGUGUUUUUUUGUAAAGUAUUGCAAUAAUUGAGUUGAAGAUGAAUAUUCUCACAUCUAAUAUUAUCCAAAUAUGUAACUGUUUGGUAAAACCUAUUAAUAAAUUGUAGUGCAGUUUUUUGAAAUAAACUCAGCGUCAUCUUUAUUGAAACAUUUGACAUCUUUAUUCUGCUUAAU